AUGACUGAAGUCAAUCAAAAUUCACUUCAAAAAUCAGCACUACAGCUUAAAAGGGAGAAAACUAAAAACAAGAAGAAGAAUAAAAUACAGAAAUUCGAGAUGCCAACAAUUAUCCUUCCAACUGAUGAAAAGCCAGUCGAAAAAUCACAAGAAGUCGAAGACAAUGGAGAACUUGAUGACUUCUAUCAAGAAAUCUUAAAGAAAUUCGAUCAAAAAACAGCUCCUCAACCAGAAACUGAAGAAAAGGCUGAAGAAGAAGACAACAAAGAGGAAGAAGAAGAUAUAGAAGUUUCAGGCCGUAAAAUCAGAAAAUAUGGCCGUCCAACAGUUGCUAUGUUAAAACAAGAUUCCAGAAGACCGGAACUUGUUGAGCCAAGCGAUACAAACUCUCCAGAUCCAUUUACUCUCAUAGAAAUAAAGAAUGCUCGCAAUGUCGUCCCAGUUCCUUCACAUUGGUCGCAAAAAAGGAAAUACUUAAAUUACAAGAAAGGAUCCGAGAUAUCAAAAUACAGAUUGCCUCCUUACUUAGAGAAAACUAAUAUUCCGCAAAUGAGACAAGCAUUACUUGACAUGGACGAGAAAAAAUCUCUUGCAAGCAAACAAAGAGAAAGAGCUCGACCAAAAAUGGGAAUGUUCGAUGUAAAACCCGAAGUACUAUACAGCGCUUUCUUCCACCAGCAGACAAAACCAGUUAUGACAAGAUAUGGCGAUAUUUAUUACGAAUAUCGAGAAACUUUACCAAAUACACGAGGAAUGCGUGUCGGGUAUUUAUCACAGACACUCAGAGAUGCACUCGGUAUGUCAGAAAAAUCUCCACCUCCUUAUUUGUUCAACAUGCAAAGAUUUGGUCCUCCUCCUUCAUAUCCAAACCUCAAAAUACCAGGACUGAAUGCUCCAUUACCAAAAGGAUGCCGCUACGGAUCAGGAACCAAUGGAUGGGGCCAAGUUCCGAUUCAAGACGGAAAACCUCUUUUUGGAGGAAAUCCAUUCGGAAAUCCUGAUGAAAUAGAAGAUUUGGAAGGAGCUGAGCUCUGGGGAAAGGUUCAUGUAGCAGAAGGAAUCGAAGAUGGCGUUAAUAUCUGA